AAUUAAACAUCUAAUUUUAGACGUAACGGUUGGACACUACAAUUAUGUAAUUUGGCAUUGAUAUGAUAGCUACCAUUCCGUGUAUAAAAUCGAAGUGCCAUAAAUGGGCAAGAAUCUAGUCAUUCCAAAAUCAUGGGCUUCUUCUAUUACAGAUCUCUAUAUGUAUAAGCAAAUCUCUCUCAAAACUUAUACCCACAAAAAAUCUCGUCGAGUUUCGACAAAAUGGACGAGAAAAAUCAAGAUUCGAUCGGAUACGCCUUCAAGGGUAAGAUCAUGAUCUCAUCCAUCGCCAUACUUUUCUUCGCCUGCUUCGUCAUAGUCGCAUUCCACGUCUGCCGCCGCCGCCGCUCCGACCGCCAUCUCCGCCGCGUCACCUCUCCCGCCGCCGCCCCGCUACCUGCCGCCUCUCGGGGCCUCGAUCCCCUCGCCGUCAGCUCGCUUCCCACUUUCGCCUACAAAUCGGAGAAUCAAGAAUCUCCGCCGGAAUGCGCCGUGUGCUUGUCGGAGUUCGAGGAGGGAGAAACGGGUCGGAUCCUACCCGAAUGCAACCACUGUUUCCACGUUGACUGUAUCGACGCGUGGCUCCGAUCUCACAUCCAUUGCCCGCUCUGCAGAAACCGGGUUAAGGCCGGUAGCCCGCCCGAUUGUGCAGUGGUCUCCAUACAUGAACUGGAGGGUGCAGUUCAAGGGUCGGGUUCCGGGUUGAGUCAGGCUGGCGAAGGCGAUGGAUGCCCUCCUUCCUCAUCGGAGGAUCCGGAUAUUCCAACGCGGCGAGAUAUGAAUAAAAGUGAAGGGGCUCCGGAUCCGGAUCGGACGUUGAACCAGGAUCCGGGUUUCCGGGUGGCUCGAUUCUGGUUGUAAUUUGAUCCUUAAGAAAAAAUGGAUGCACUAAUGUAAAACUGUGUGCUAUCAAGAUUCAAGAAAUGGUAGAAUUUGGCUGCACUUUUUCGUUGUA